CUGUGCGCGAGGCGCUCCACUCCUUCCGCCGACGCUCUGAGAUAUUCAGAUUGACUUGCGGUCGGCUCCGUUUACGUGUGUCGCUGGUCGAUAUUAUUGCACAUUUGCUAAAUGUCCCGUUGAAUACCGAAAGUAUAGCAACAUCAAAAUUUAGCCGCAUAAUAGGUUUCUCGUCCUACCGUUCGCCAGCCAUUGAGAUUAAUGUCUCGUCCGUUUUCAUUAUCUUUAUAAAUCUUGUUGAGUAGAAAACAUGCAGAACCAAGACCAUUUGCUACAAGAGAUAGAAGGCAUUGAUGAUUACUGGGGCCCAACAUUCCGGGCCAUAUACGAUCAAGAUGAUGACAGCCGCAAAUUCAUUGAUACUUUGGACAAUCGCAUCAAACAAUAUGACAAAGAAAUUGAACGCAUGUGCAAUUUCUAUUACCAAGGAUUCAUAGACUCUAUCAGAGAAUUACAGCAAGUAGAAAAUCAAGCUUCAAAAUUGAAAAAACAAGUUGUUCAGUUGAAUUUAAAUGUGCAGACCACUGUUGCUGAAGUCACAAAUGCUGGUGAAGAGUUAGUGAAAGCCAGGCAGGUUGAGAAUAAUAUUCAAAUGGCUAUUGAUAGUUUAUCAUUAUGUUUGCCCGCACUUUCUUCAUACAGUAAAUUGCAAAAACAAAUGGCUGAUAAACGCUAUUAUCCUGCAUUAAAAACAUUAGAACAACUUGAACAAUUAUAUUUACCUCAAGUAUCUCAUUAUAAAUUUUUUAGGCAAAUGAUAGAAAAAAUUCCCAAACUGAGAGAAAAUAUCAAAGAAUCAUCUAUGUCAGAUUUAAAUUGCUUUUUAGAAACUAUAAGAAAAUUUUCAUCUAAAGUAGGAGAAGCUGCAAUGAAGCAUAGUGUUGAACAACAAAACUAUGAUUUUGGUUUGACUAAAUUGAAGAAGAAAAAAGAUUCACCAGAUGAUAAUUCUGAUGAUGAAGACUCGUUAAGUGCACAAGAUCUCAUUGAUUUCUCUCCUGUUUAUCGUUGUCUUCAUAUUUGUACUGUAUUAUCUUCAAGAGAUGCAUUUGAUGCUUAUUACAGACAACAAAGAAGGGAACAAGCCCUUUUAACUCUUCACCCACCAAACAACAUGCAUGAGUCUAUUGCAACUUAUUGUAAUUAUUUACAAAGUAUUGUAGGAUUUUUUGUUGUAGAAGAUCAUGUAUUAAAUACUGGAAAUGGAUUAUUGACAAGACCUUAUUUAGAAGACUUGUGGAAAAUGGCUUCUGACAAAGUAGUUAGCAUAAUGAGAACAAAUACAGCAUACUGUACAGAUGCAAAUUUACUCUUGAAAAUUAAAGAUUUAAUUAUGGUAUUUUGCUUAACACUUAGAAGCUAUGGGUAUUCUGUUAAAAACUAUUUAGAAUUAUUACAUGAAAUACAAGAACAUUAUAAUGAAAUACUAAUGCAAAAAUGGGUUCAAGUUUUCCGAGAUAUUUUAUACAGAGAAACAUUUUGUCAUCUCGAGGUGGAAAACCAAGAACAAUAUGAUAAUGUUGUACGUACAUUUCCUUAUCAAGAUGAACAGUUAGAAUCAUCACCAUUUCCUAGAAAAUUUCCAUUUUCUUCGAUGGUGCCUAGUGUAUAUGAUCAAGUAAAGCAGUUUAUAUAUGCCUGUCUAAAAUUUUCAAAUGACUUAAAUUUUAGCGAAGGAGAAGUUGAUGAGAUGGUUCAAAAAUCUACUAAGUUACUGUUAUCUAGAACUUUUAGCGGAUGUUUGUCAUCUGCUUUUCAUCAACCACGGCUUGGUCUUUUACAAGUUAUACAGAUAAUUGUUGAUACUGGAUAUUUAGAAAAAUCUUCAAAAUCAAUUCAACAGUUUGUAUCUGAAGCUACUGGAUCUACCGGUGGAACUGUUGGUGAUGAUGCAGGGAUCACAUUGGGUGUGGCCAGAAAUGACGCUGAACAUCACAUGUAUGAUAAGAUGAAAUUAAAACUUAAUGAAUUUUUGGAUUUAGAAGACUAUGAUUGGAUGCUAGUUGAACCAACCGGUCAAGCUUCAUCAUUUGUUACUGAUUUAAUAAACUUUUUACGUGUAGUUUUUAAUGCAUUGAGAAAUCUUACUGAAGAAGUGUCUGUCCAUGUAUAUCAAGUUGCAUUUGAACAUAUUUCUAAAUCUGUAUUAAACUUAUUACUCAGUGAUGACAUCAAACAGUUAUCUAUGGGUGCUUUAAAUCAAUUAAAUUUGGAUGUUAUUCAAUGUGAACUAUUUGCUGCAUCGGAGCCCUUUGGGAAGACUGAAGAUCCAGAUUUUUCUCAACAUUUUGCUCCAUUAAGACAACUUUUGGACUUACUUCUGAGUUGGGAUUGGUCAACAUAUUUCCAUGACUAUGGUCAAGAAACAUCAAAAUAUUCACAUGUUAAACCAACCACAGCUAUUAUUGUAUUAGAAAAAUUAAAAGAAGCGGAUAAAAAAAGUGUAUUUUCAGUAUUGAAAAAAAGUGAAAGAGAUAAAAAGAAAUUAUUAGAAACUGUUCUUAAGCAAUUAAAGCAAUUAGCAAUUACUGUUCAACAAUAAUGAUUUAGUUUUAAUAUAGAGUUAGUCAUUACUUAUUUAACCAAAUACUAUUAGAAACCACCAUCUGAUUUAAGGGUAUUAUCUAUAUUAUAUUACAUCCACCUAGAUUCUUAAAAACAAUUAUAGUAUCUACUUGGCUCUU